AUGGAAAAUUGGAAGAAAAAAAAAGAGAAAAAAGAAGAGGAAGAAGCGGACCACCAACAUGAAAAAAAGUAUGUAAUUAAUAAAAGUUGA